AUGGAAAAUCAUUAUUUGGAAUCAUCAUGUCGAUCGACAUCACCUCUACAAGUGAUACAAUCAGCUAGGAAUGAAAAGGUUAAACUUUUUUCAAACUUUUCUGGCGCUGAAAACUCCUUAAAUUGGUUAAAAAAUUUACAACAAAUUGGUAAAUCACUUAAAUUAAAUGAACAGCAAAUAUAUGAAUUGGCAACAAUAAAAUUAAGUGGUCCUGCUCAAGAAUGGUUUUAUCAUCAAGAUGAAAUUGAUAAUUGGUCUUCUUUCAAAGAAGCUUUCUUAUAUGCUUUUCCACCACCAAUUCAACCAACCAACAUUGACUACUUAGCUCAAUUACUAGCACAUAAACAAGGCGAAACAGAACCAGUUGGCAAAUUCGUACAAGACAUCAAUCGUCUUUGUCUUAAAUUGGAUAAUAAAAUCAGUGAAGAAGACAAACUUCAGUACCUUCGACGAGGUCUUCGUCCACAAUUCCAGCAUUAUGCAUUAUCAAUAUCAUCAUCACAAGAUUUUCUUACCAUAAUGCAACAACACGAACAAAUAGAAAAAGAAAAAGUAACAAAGUUCCAAUCAUUUUCUUCACUUAGAUCAUCAUCAAACGCUCCAUAUAAUUAUCGAGGGGUAGUUACUUCGUCAUCAUCCAGAACUUCAGGUUUCGGUCAACAACAACAACAAUUAUUAAAUCGUCCAGAUCGUAAUUAUUACAAUCAUCAACAAAAUAAUCAUUCAACAUAUUAUGAAUCACCUGAUUAUUAUAAUAAAAAUUCACAUGCUCAGACAUCUGCACAACAACAACAAGCAAAUAAUUACCUAAUAUGUUAUCAAUGUAACAAACCGGGCCACCUACGAAAGGAUUAUGGUGGUGCCUCCGUCAAUUCCAUCCAAUAUCCAUCACCGUUACGCUUUAUUUAUGUACCUGUUAAUAAUCAUUUUAUGAAAGUACUUGUUGACACAGGUGCAACCAAUAGCAUCAUUCAACAAUCAUCACUUUCAAAAAUACGUCAUUCUCGAUUUUAUCCGGUACAACAACAAUUUUUUUUGGCCAAUAAAACAUCAAUUUCUAUCAUUGGAUAUGUUACAUUAGAAAUAAAAAUUCAGCAUAUUAAAACAUAUGUAACGGCAGCAAUUACAAAAACAUUAUGCUGUGAUGUAAUUUUAGGUGAAGAUUGGAUUAGACAUUACCAAGUAACAAUAAACGGUUUUACAAAUAAAAUUGAAAUCUUAGGAAAUAAAGCAUCAGUUCCACUUCGAACAUCUGCUACAUCAAAAGUGUUAUUUUCACAAGAAAUUAUUCAAAUACAAGAUUAUUGUACAAAUUUAAUUAUUAUUAAUAUAAAUGAUUAUCCUCUAUAUUUGACCAGUGAUACGAUUUUGGGAUUUAUAUCCUUUCCAACACGGGAUGAUCAAAUAGUUAAUAAAAACGACAUAGAAUUAAAAAAUAAUAAUGACAUUAAAUUCGCAAAUCAAGCAUUUCCUAUUAUAUUGACUGAUGAAAGUUGUGAUGAUAAUCGUAGUUAUCAACAUUAUGAAAAUUAUAAUUCUAAAGCAAUCCAACAUGCGCAUAUGAUACCACCAUAUGUUAACACAAUCAAAAAUUCAACACAAGUUACGUCAUCCAUUGCUAACGAUAUUAAAAUAACUCUCGACCAAGUAGUGGAACAUAUUGUAAAUUUACAGGAAAAAACGGAAACAAGAAAUAUUAUAGGAAAAUAUAAAAAAAUUUUCGAUACUUCUUCACCAACAAUAGCACUUACACCAAUUCAUCAUACAACACCAACAGGCGAUCAUCCACCAAUCAAUUCUGUUCCUUAUCGCAGGUCUUUACAACAACAACAAGCGUUAAAGAAAAUAAUCGAUCCACUGGAGAAGUCAAAUCAAAUCCGACUAUCGUCUUCACCAUGGUCAUCACCAGUGCUAUUGAUCAAAAAAAAGGAUGACGAUUAUAGAUUUGUGGUAGAUUAUCGUAAGUUAAAUGGCAUCACAACGAAAGAUUCGUAUCCAAUUCCAACAAUUGAAUCAACUCUACAGCAAUUAGCUGGAAACUGUUGCUUUUCGAAACUGGAUUUACGUUCCGGUUACUUCCAAGUACCUAUUAGUGAGAUUGACAAACCCAAAACGGCUUUUAUAACGACUACUGGCUUAUGGGAAUUUAAUGUACUCCCAAUGGGUUUAACCAAUGCACCGCCAAGUUUCCAGCGGAUCAUGUAUAACCUCGUCGUCAAUGGUCGUGAACAUUGUUGUUUAGUAUAUCUUGACGAUAUAAUAAUCUUCAGUAAGACAUUUAAGGAUCAUAUGAAACAUUUGGAUGAAAUUCUUAGUAUCCUCGAUAAACAUCGAUUUCAAUUAAAUCCUAGUAAAUGUUCAAUUAUGAGAACAAAAAUUGAUUAUCUGGGACAUUCAAUUAAUGAAUAUGGAAUUGCACCACUUUAUGAUAAUAUUAAAGCAAUUCGAGAAUUACCAAUACCUGAUCAUCCAACAUUGAAACAAGCUAAUGAAUUUAUAGUACUUGAAUUUCCCGGUCCAAAAUUAUCUUAUGUUCUUUCUACUGAUGCGUCAAGAGUUGGACUCGGUGCGGUGUUAAAACAAAUAGCUGAAGACGGACGAAUAAAAAUUAUUUAUUACUUGUCACGGGUUUUAACAAAUACUGAAUUAAGAUAUUCUACGACAAAAUUAGAAGCAUUGGCCAUUGUCUGGGCUAGAACAAAAUUACGUCCAUAUUUACUUGGCAAAGAUUUUAGAAUUGAAACUGAUCAUUGUCCACUAUGUCAAUUUCAUAAAAAAAGAUCACGUAGUGAACGUCUCGAUCGAUGGGCAAUUGAAAUAUUAUUCGAAUACAACAUUACCGAAAUUAAAUAUAAAAAGGAGAAAUGUCAUUGUGAUGCAGAUUUACUUUCCCGUUAUCCACUACAAAGUAAUCAAAGUUUUUCUAAUGACAUUAGUAUAAAAAAACAACAUGAAGGUUAUUUAUUCCCGUACACAGAUGAAUUAUAUGACAAUGACUCAGGUAUUCAACCAACAGCAUCGGUUAAUGUGAUUACACGUUCAGCAGCUCGAGCUAAUAAUAACCAACAAGAUAAUGGGGUAAAAUUAACAAGUGUUUAUAAUACUCCACUAAGGGUCAGACAACUACAAGAAAAAAAUUCGUCUUCGUCAUCAUUUGCCAAUAUGGCUUCAACGGCAUCACCAUCAUCGAAUACGAAUGAGAAAUCAACGGUAUCGUCAUCAUCAAAUGCAAAUGCUUCAGCAGAAGUUUAUUCAUCAUGUACCGGUUUCAUAAUCAAGAUUACGAAAUUAUUAAUGAUAUUUUAUAUAAAUUAG